AUGGAAAGGAAUCUUAAGAAUGUUUUGGUCAUCUCUUUCGGAUUUUUACUUCUCUUCACUGCUUAUGGAGGACUCCAGAGUCUACAGAGCAGUCUCCACUCAGAAGAAGGCCUGGGCGUUGCUUCCCUAAGUGUUCUCUAUGCUGCACUCAUCUUCUCAUCCAUGUUCCUCCCUCCAAUCCUCAUCAAGAAGCUGGGCUGCAAGUGGACCAUCGCAGGCUCUAUGUGCUGCUACAUCGCGUUCUCCUUAGGGAACUUCUAUGCUAGCUGGUACACACUAAUCCCUACCUCUGUGAUCCUGGGCUUAGGAGGAGCACCACUCUGGUCUGCCAAAUGCACUUACCUCACCAUUGCUGGCAAUUCAUAUGCUGAGAAAGCAGGAAAAAAUGGGAAAGACAUUAUCAACCAAUACUUUGGGGUCUUCUUUCUGAUAUUUCAGUCCUCCGGCAUCUGGGGAAAUCUGAUCUCAUCCUUGAUAUUUAGCCAAGCUUCCAACAAAGAGGAAAUCUCAGAGGAGAACCUGGCAUGCUGCGGAGCCUAUGACUGCAUGACUGAUGCCACUAACACCACUGGGUCAACAGAACCCUCCAACUCCUUAAUCUACACUCUGCUAGGGAUCUACACCGGUAAUGGUGUGCUAGCUGUGCUGCUGAUUGCUAUAUUUCUGGACCAGAUCAAACCUGACCAAGCAGAGACCAAGAAAGAAAUACUAAAGACACCAUCCUUUUGGUCUACGUUCCUAGCAACUUUCCAGCAUCUUAAAGAUAAAAGACAGUGUCUUCUAAUCCCUCUGACAAUGUACAGUGGGUUUGAACAGGGAUUUCUUUCUGGUGACUACACAAAGACGUAUGUGACCUGUGCCCUGGGGAUACAUUACGUUGGUUAUGUGAUGAUCUGCUUUUCAGCUGUAAAUUCCCUCUGCUCUCUGCUGUUUGGAAAGAUCUCUCAGUUCACGGGUAGAAAAUUUCUGUUUGCAUUAGCCACAGUUACAAACACCGCCUGUAUAAUAGCACUACUGCUGUGGAAACCUCAUCCUAAGCAGCUUGCUGUGUUUUUCGUAUUCCCUGCUCUUUGGGGCCUAUCUGAUGCCAUUUGGCAGACACAAACGAAUGGACUCUAUGGCAUUUUAUUUGAGAAACACAAGGAGGCUGCCUUUGCCAAUUACCGUCUCUGGGAAUCAUGUGGAUUUGUCAUUGCCUUUGGUUAUAGCACCAAAUUGCAAGUCUACAUCAAACUGUACAUUUUAUUGUCUGUCCUUGUGUUGUCUAUGGUGACAUACGGAGUGGUUGAAUACCUCGAAGCUAAGAGCUCCCCUGGGACCCCUACGACUACAAAGAAGGAAAAUGUAGGACCCCUCACCCAGGAAACAUACAUGUAACCCAACAGGGUCAGAGUGAUGGAGGCAAAGCAAACUGGCCGGCUCCUAAAGGCAUGUCUCCAAGGGUGUUCCAGCAUGUACUGUCUCCAGAAAGGGGGUAAAGGAACAGAUUUCAAGACCAGUAUAAUGCAAAUGUCUUAGGAGUAAAAGUCUCUUUUGACAUCUCAGCUUUAUAAGUGAAGAUUAUCUGACUUCACCCUUUCGUACAGAUG